AUGGUUCCGAGAACCGGGAAGCGUCAGGAAUCGUUUGCAACAGCGGAAUCCGAUGUGAGCCGCGACGAUGACGGCAUUAAGGAGGAAGGCAUGGAUAUCAUAUUCGAGAUCUCCAAAAUACUGAAUACCGGAUUGGAUAGAGAAACAGUGUCUAUUCUCGUCGGACUUUGCGAAAAGGGCGUGGAUCCGACGGUGCUGGCGUACGUCGUCAAGCAUCUCAAGGAAGCAAGAAAGGACUUCCUGUCGAGGGUGGUAGCACAAAAACCGUCCAUUUAA